AUGAGAGCUCUAUAUCAAUACAAGAUCCCAUUUGCCUUCCCUGUUGGAGAAGAGGCGACAUUUGGGCAGAUAGCUAGCAACUGCAACUGCAGCGAGGCCAUAGUUCGCCGUAUUAUGCGGCUUGCAAUGACAAAUAGAAUUUUCAAGGAAGUUCGCAAAGGAGUCGUUGUUCACACUGCAACAUCCAAAGCUUUAGCAGAAGAUGAAAAGUUUCGCGAUUACGUUGGCAUGAGAUGCGAGGAAAUGUGUCCAGCAGAGUUAAAUACGAUUCCAGCUAUGCUGAAAUGGCCCGACUCCGAGGACCCAUCUCAAACAGGAUUCUCGUUGGCAAAUAACACAACAGAUACAAUGUAUCAGAUCAUGGGUAAAGACCCAGCCAGAGCUCAACGCUUCUCCAAUGCAAUGGCAUUCCGUCUUACAGGUCCUGCCUUGAAACUUGAUUUCCUAGUUGAACACGGACCAUGGGGAGCUCUUCCAACGGGAGGAACCGUGGUGGAUAUCGGUGGCUCUCAUGGGAAAGCGAUGGUUGCUAUUGCUGAAAAGUUUCCUUCGCUCCGCUUUAUCGUUCAGGAUCUACCGUCCACUAUUGCUGCUCGUCGGCCCAUUCCUCCAGAAUUCGAUCAUUGUAUAUCGUUCAUGGAGCACGAUUUCUUCACGCCUCAGCCAAUCACAGGUGCCGAUGUCUACUUGUUUAGAUGGAUCUUUCACAAUUGGCCAGACAAGCACUGUAUACGCAUAUUGAAGAACUUGGUACCUGCCUUAAGGCAAGGUUCAAAGGUAGUUGUCAGUGAGAUAUGCUUGCCCGAGCCGAAUACUAUAGUGGUCAGAAAGGAAAGAAAGUUACGUGCUAUGGACGUUGCCAUGAUGACAAUGCAAAACGCUCAAGAAAGGGACAAGGGUGAAUGGGUAGACCUGUUCAAACGUGCAGAUGAGAGGUUUCGUUUUGUGGAAGUUGUACAGCCAGAAGAGUCCGAUCUCGCUGUUAUCGAAUUUACAUGGCAGGAAUAA